GCGAUGUGGCGUUGUCUUUUGAUUCUCUAUCUGACAUGUCUCGCGUUUACUCAGUCUGCGGAUCCGCUUUGUAGCAGCGUUCCAGAGUUCAAGCAUGAUCAAACUCAGUCGGUUUCGGCGACGUUUGGCCACAGCGUGGUCCUCACCUGCACAGCCUCCAUAGGUUUAAACCGCACCAAUUCAGACUGCAAAGACCUCCUGGAGUGGAUAAAAGAUGGCACACCGCUUACCAACCUCACCUACUCUGAAGAUGUAAAAGACUGGUACCCUGAUGAGGGUCACAUCAUUAAGAGCAGUGAAUUAACACUGACCCUGACAAAUCAGGCCGAUUUUGGUGUGUAUUUCUGCGUGGUGAGGAACAGCACAGCGCAAUUCAACGUAAAGGAAUACAAAUCCCCAAGUCACACUGGGGCAGUGGUGGCAUCGGUGGUCCUGCUGCUUGUGCUCGCUCUGGCAGCGGUGGUCUAUUCCAAGUACCGACUCAACUUUAAACUGUGGUAUAGGAACAUUUAUGGAGAGUAUGAGCUCAAUGAUGGCAAAAUGUGUGACGCCUACAUCUCAUAUGUCAGCAAUGAGAAUGACAGGAAAUUUGUCAACUUCAUCUUGAAACCUCAUUUGGAGAACAAGUACAGUCAUAAACUGCUGCUCAAUGAUACAAACAUCCUUCCUGGAUACAUCAGACUAUUUCAAAAGAUUAAGAAACAUAUGAGCUUUAAUGUUAGAUGCUGUUUCAUGUUCAGGCAGGGUUUGUGGCACUUGAUGGAGCUGUCGAGGAAGCCCAUCUUCAUCAUAUUUCAGUCGCAGCAGAAGCAAAUGAGCCAGGACAUCAGUCAUCAGCUGAGACAACACCAGCCCCGAAUCACGACCCUCACCUGGGGCGCGCACUCCAUGACCCCUUCUUCAGGCUUCUGGAAGGAGCUGGCACUGGCGAUGCCGCUUAAGGUGACGUUUCACAGGGAAUCUGCCGGCGAUCCGCAGACUCUGCUGCAGGGCGAUAAAGAUCCCAUGCUCACGCAGCAGCCCGAUUACCUGGACUGCAGACCGGACCCCGAUCCCGCAGGAGACCUGGGUUUCCAUUUGCCCAUCUACAAGACCCUUCCCUCCAGAGCUCCUGUGCUUCCUGCAGAUCCAGGUGUGACGGCUGAACCCAAACCCCCAGAGAUAGACGUGUCUGACCUCGGCUUGAGGAACUACGCCGCACGCACUGACUUUUACUGCCUGGUCACUGAGGAUGAUAUCUGAGACACACGCCUGUUCUUUUUUGCACUUUUAAGUCACUUUUAGCCCAAUGAUUUCUUGUUACUGUCACUGUUUCCUUUGUUUUUGUUUAUCUACACCUGUACGAUUAUGCGUGCACAAAAUUCUUUAUACUUUUAUGCAAAAUGUUUUAUAACAUUUCAUGUACAGUCCUAGGGAUUUUGGUUCUGUAUAUAUUUUAAUAAAGUUGUGGGGUCUGUGUAAAUGUGUUCG